CCGGUCCAGGACCACAUAACGGUGAACCGGACAACCUCCUGCCCUCUACAUAUUGCACCCGUCAAUGUACCUGCACUGUCUAGGGUUUGGAUUUGGAACCACAGUUGAACCAAAUAAUACUAUCAAAUCCCUUACUUCAAAGCCAAAAACUUGCGAUUGGGAAUCGUUGAACGAUCAUUUGCUCCUUCACCGGACAGGAUGCACAGGAUGCUACUGGAUGAUGGUGAUGCAAACAAUCACUAGCCUAGGCCUCCCGUUCAAGAAAGAAGGCGGGCUUCCCCAUAAAUCACGAAUAUUUUUGGUGGGAAGAGAGGCCCAUGGCUGGUCUGCUGACUGGUGAUCCUUCACAUCAUGGAAUGUAUGAAGGUGGGCCACAGAAAACUUCUCAGGACAGCCCCGAUGAUGGUGGACGUUGGUACUUCUCUAGGAAGGAAAUUGAAGAAAAUUCCCCAUCCAGACGAGAUGGCAUCGAUUUGAAGAAAGAGGCUUAUCUACGCAAGUCAUAUUGUACAUUCUUACAGGAUUUGGGCAUGAGGCUUAAAGUGCCUCAGGUAACAAUUGCUACUGCAAUAAUUUUCUGUCAUCGUUUCUUCCUUCGUCAAUCCCAUGCGAAGAAUGACAGAAGGACCAUUGCAACAGUAUGUAUGUUUCUUGCUGGGAAGGUUGAAGAAACUCCUCGCCCACUUAAGGAUGUUAUACUUGUUUCGUAUGAAAUAAUUCAUAAAAAGGAUCCCGCUGCAGUACAGAGGAUCAAGCAAAAGGAGGUAUACGAACAACAAAAAGAACUAAUUUUGUUGGGAGAGAGGGUUGUACUUGCAACUCUUGGCUUCGAUCUUAAUGUGCAUCAUCCAUACAAACCCCUUGUUGAGGCAAUAAAGAAAUUUAAGGUUGCUCAAAAUGCCCUUGCUCAAGUUGCAUGGAAUUUUGUCAAUGAUGGGCUGCGGACAUCUCUUUGCUUGCAAUUUAAGCCCCACCACAUUGCAGCAGGUGCCAUUUUCCUUGCUGCCAAGUUCCUUAAAGUAAAGCUUCCAUCUGACGGUGAGAAGGUUUCUCAUUGGUGGCAGGAGUUUGAUGUCACUGCACGCCAAUUGGAGGAGGUCAGCAAUCAAAUGCUAGAGCUGUAUGAACAAAACAGAGUCCCGGCUUCUCAGGCAAGUGAAGCGGAAGGAAGUGCUGGGACUGCAGUAAGUCAUCCCCCCCUUCCGAAAGCUCCUAUAGGCAACGAGGAACAUGUACCAAGUAAUAGCAAUUCUCAGGGUGUGGGUCCUACUUCAAAGCCUGGAACGUUGAGGCCAACAUCAUCCCGGCCAGCCCCUGAUCAUCCACAUCCGGAUAAUCAUGGUGGGACCAUGAAAACCACACAAAAUCGGAGUACUGACUAUGGGAGCACGGAGUUAAAAGGUAUGUCAGACCAGAAACAACGCCAUGAACCACAAGAGCAAUCACUUCAUGAGGAAAACAUUGGGGAAGACCCUAACAGUUCAAGGUUUGGUGAAGAAGAUCAAGAAAGAUUUGCAGCAGGGGUUAUGAAGGAUAAAUUUCCUGGUCGAACUGUGGAGUACAGAGAUGAUAUGCUUGGCCAGUCACCCCAAGAAGCUAUCAAGAAGAUUGACAAAGACAAGGUAAAGGCAGCUUUGGAAAAACGAAGGAAGUCCCGCGGUGACAUGGUUCGGAAGAAAGACUUGGACGAUGACGAUCUCAUUGAAAGGGAACUGGAAGAUGGCAUUGAAUUGGGUUCCGAUAGUGUGAAGAUCAAGCAUGAGAGGAGGCAAAGCUGGCCCACAACUUCAAGAAAUGUGGAAGAAGGGGAGUUGGCAGCAUCUGUUGAUGUUGAUGCUGGACAUGGAUUUCGAUCACCAGUGUCAAGUAAUCGCAAGAGAAAGGCAGGGAGCCCACUUGAAAGACCGUUGGAGGGAAAGCAGCGUCACGAUUAUGUUCCUGGGUCCCAUCACCAUAAUCACCAUGCAUUUCCGGAAGAUAGGAAUAGGUUGGGCAGGCUUGGUUAUUCGGAAAGGGAUCAAAAAAGGCAUUUACAAGAAAAUCAUGUGUGAAGGGAUGUGCAUAAUGCUUGAUGGAGGGAUGUCUAUUUCAGAAUGGAACAUGGAUUUUAUUUCCAGGCGAAUAGUUUGAUCUAACUACUUUAUGCAGUUUUCCCUUUAGUUGGGAGAAGUUUAUGAAUGGAACUAUGGUGAUUAUUGGUGGUCAGUGGACUUAAUGGUAUUUUAGUUGUAUUUCCACUUUUUUGAUCUCUUGAAAGCAUUUUGGACUUAAUGAUAUUAUGUUCGAGUA